GGAAGGCACCCAGCAAGGACUGGGCAGGGCAGGGAGUCAGCAGGCGAGCAAGGGGCGUGCUGGGUCUUCAGCCUUUUUUCCACCACUGCCGUCCAGGAGGAUGGAGGCCCUCAAUGAGUCUGCCCAGUUCAACUUCUCCCUGCCACACAACUUCGGCAAGCGGCCCACCGACUGGGCGCUGAGCGUCAUCCUGGUGAUCAUGCUGUUAACCAUCAUGCUCUCGCUGGGCUGCACCAUGGAGUUCAGCAAGAUCAAGGUGCACUUCUGGAAGCCUAAGGGGCUGGCCAUCGCCCUGGUGGCGCAGUACGGCGUCAUGCCCCUCACUGCCUUUGCACUGGGCAAGGUCUUCCAGCUGAACAACGUCGAGGCACUGGCCAUCCUGAUCUGCGGCUGCUCGCCGGGGGGGAACCUCUCCAACGUCUUCACUCUGGCCAUGAAAGGGGACAUGAACCUCAGCAUCGUGAUGACCACCUGCUCCACCUUCUUUGCCCUGGGCAUGAUGCCCCUCCUCCUGUACAUUUACUCCAGGGGCAUCUAUGAUGGGACCCUGAAGGACAAGGUGCCCUAUGGCGGCAUCAUCAUAUCACUGAUCCUGAUUCUCAUUCCUUGCACCAUAGGCAUCAUCCUCAAAUCCAAACGGCCACAAUACGUACGUUAUGUCACCAAGGGAGGGAUGAUCCUCCUGCUUUUGUGCAGUGUGGCUGUCGUAGUGCUCUCUGUCCUCAAUGUGGGCAAGAGCAUUUUGUUUGUCAUGACACCACACUUGCUGGCCACCUCCUCCCUGAUGCCUUUCAUCGGCUUCCUGCUAGGCUACAUUCUCUCUGCUCUGUUCCGCCUUAACAGACGGUGCAGACGCACCGUCAGCAUGGAGACUGGAUGCCAAAAUAUUCAACUCUGCUCCACCAUCCUCAACGUGACCUUCCCCCCUGAAGUCAUUGGACCACUUUUCUUCUUUCCUCUCCUCUAUAUGAUUUUCCAGCUUGGAGAAGGGCUUCUCCUCAUUGCCAUCUUUCGGUGCUAUGAGAAAAUCAAGCCUUCCAAGCAUAAAACAGAAAUGAUCUACAAAGCUGACACAACUGAAGAAACCAUUCCAACAGCUCUGGGAAAUGGCACCCACAAAGGGGAGGCGUGCCCCCCUUACACAGCCUAG